AUGGUAGGGGAUAAAAUAAGUUUGGAUCAAUUGCCGGCAAAGUUGGAACAUGAUAAAUUCAACAGUGGAGUCACUGGUGAUAUACAUUCUGAUAAACGACAGUACAGGGGACAAGUGAGGAGCGCCCUGCAGGGAGCAUUACAGAUAUGGCUACGAGAUAAUGGGUAUACCGAUGAUAUUAUAGGGAGGUAUUGUUACGCGUGUUCCCAAAAGAAGGAAGACAGUCUACCGACGGACACACCCUGUUAUUUCUUCUAUUAUUGGUUAGGUACUAAAAUAAAGAAUAAAUUGGAGGGACGCUCAUUUGUAUAUGCAAUGAAAUCAAUUUACCAAACAAUGGAACCAAUCAAGUUUGGGAAUAUGUGCACUAAUAUAUACCCUAAUAUUAGUUGGGACAUGUUCGAAAGAAGUAAAACUCUAUUCGAUUACUGGUACAACUAUAUUAAUGCGAAAGCACAAUUGGAGUCUUCUGAGUUUCGUUGUAAUCCGGAAAAGAAGGCAUACCUGAGUACAGCUCUUUUAGCGUAUAAUGGAGUGCAGGAUGACUGCGACAAGAGUAGGAUUAGUAAGCAUAGUACAUACUGUAUGAACAUUAGAACAAAGUAUCAAACGUGUAACCCUUAUGUACUGCUAAGUGAAGACUGUGGACAAGAGUAUGGAGAAAGAACUGAAUUAAGGACAGAGGAGCUGCAGGGACGAAGUGGUCCUUUAUUAUAUUCAGAAUGGAUCUAUGAUAUGUUACAACAAGGGGGAACUGCGUCUACGGGCUCUAAUACAUUGGCCAAUGCACCAUUGACUGACGUAACUGGAUAUUCUGAGUUCCAUGAUUGGCUUCCCACAAUUGGAGGUGCAUGGAACCUUGUGUCCAAAAUAAAAAAAAGGGACCAGGAUGAUAACACCAUUUGUUUGGGGUUUUAUUAUUGGUUGGGACAUCUACUCUUUAACGACUGUGGACUGCAGUCAAUUUCGGAUUGUAUAAAUAGAAUCUACCAAGAAUUAAAGAAACUUUCCCAUGAAAAUAAAUGCGGUCCCUUAAGCCACCAUAAUAGCGAAGACGAUUUCAAAGGACAUAAAAAAAUAUUUGAAUUGAGCCAGGACUACAACCCGAAGAAAGAACAACUGCAGAAUUAUUAUGAUUCCUGCAGUAAUUAUUACCGAAAUAAUGUCCGGAAAACUCCCCCCACAUCGUUCCCUUCUGACGUGAAAGAGCAAUGUAAAAACGAUAGUGGUGAGGAUACCACCACUAAUACAUAUUGUACCAAAUUUAAGACUACAUAUGAAACAUACUGCACUAAGAAUCCAUGGGAAGUAGGGUGUGAAGUGUUCAAACCAGAAACUAAGAAAAUUGGAGAUGAAACUGCAACAUUAUCCGUGUCCACCGGAGCGGGAACCGUCGCUCCAAUCGUGUCUUCCGUAUUUGGCACACUAGUAGGAUUGCCGGCAAUUGCAUUCCUUUUAUAUAAGCAUACUUCUUUAUUUUCUGGGAUAAAAAGCUCCUUUGGAGGCAGCGCAGGAAGAAGCAGCACAAGAAAAAGAAGAACAAUUGAAAGCGAUUUUGAUACUCUAACAGAGGACACGUUAACAGAAUACUCCACAGAAGCUUCAAGAGCAUUCUAUUCUGCAGAUGAAUCUACCAUAUAUGGUGGGCGACCACCAUCUGGAAAAAGAGGGGCAAGUAAUGGAAGAUCAGGGAACAGGAACAAUAUUAGUUAUCAACGUAUGUGA